AUGGGAUUUCUGGUGUUACAACAACAUUGCAGUUGCGAAGAGGAUAAAGUCCCAUUUUGUUGCAAAGGGGGAUGGAAGCUUGCCCUCUGUGGAAAUAGACAUUUAACCUUGGCAGAAGUCAAUUAUGCAGUCGUUGAAGGAGAGGUUGCUGCCGUGGUAUGGUGCUUUCAGAAAGCUAGAUUAUUCCUACUGGGAUGUCCCAAUAUUAUCCUUGUUACUGACCACCGUCCGCUGGUCAAAGUGUUUUGUGAUAGAGAACUGAAAGACAUUGCAAAUCCUCGUUUGCUUCGAUUAAAGGAAAAAACAUUACAAUACAGUUUCACAAUGAAAUACAUUCCUGGGAAGAAAAACUCAGCAGCCGAUACUCUUUCAAGAUACCCAGUAAUCAGAAGCCCAAUAAAUGCGAGUGACAGUGAGAUGGGGGAGGAGGUUGAGAGUUCGCGCAUUGCAGCGUUGAUCACGUCGCUGAGUGAUGACGUCAUAACCCUCGACUGGAAUUCUGUUAAAAAAGCUGCUGAAAGCGAUGUGGAAUAUCAGCUGCUAAAGAGUAUGGUAGCCGCAGGUUCUUGGCCGGUAUCAAGAAAUCUAGUCGUCUCCAGCAUAAAGCCGUAUUUUAACGUACGGGACCGGCUUGGCAUCGUGGACGAACUGGUGGUGUAUUCAUAUGAUGAAGGGCACGUACGUCUAGUAAUACCUGUGUCACUACGAGACCGAGUAGUCUCUAACCUACACUCAGGCCACCAAAGUUCUGAUUCAAUGAUUCGUAGGGCACGACAGGCUUUGUAUUGGCCUGGGAUGGAGGGCCAACUGAAACUCAAGAGGAUGCAGUGCAGAACAUGUGACGUCAUCGCUCCAUCCCAACAAAAGGAACCGCUAUUGCCUACCCCACCCCCUGAAUAUCCUUUUCAACAGACGUGGGGUGCCCCGGAAGAAAUCUCCCUCGAUGGCGGCACAAAUUUGGUAAGCAUUGAAAUGGCUAGCUUCCUACAGAAAUGGGGGGUUAGGAUGAGAAUAUCCUCAGCCCAUUACCCCCAAUCCAACGGAAGGGCAGAGGCAGCAGUACGUACAGCAAAAAGAACCAUUCAAGAUAACACAAGAAGCGACGGAAGCCUCGACACAGAUAGUUUUGCAAGAGCCAUUUUGCAAUAUAGAAAUACGCCCCUAAAAGACAUCGAUAAAUCGCCAGCACAAUUAGCCAUGGGACGACAACUCAGAGACUCAGUCCCCAUGAUUAAAAGCUAUCAUAAGAUAACAGAGCAGUGGGCAGACAUUAUGAUAGACAGAGAGGAGAAGAUGGGUAGACACUUGAGAAAUGUCAAUUUCCGUCAUGAUUCUAGUGCAAAGAGACUCCGCCCCUUGCAAACGGGUACCACAGUAGCAGUGCAAAAUGUUGUCUCUAAGGCCUGGGAUCGUAUUGCAAGAGUCAUUGAAAUGAAAGGAGACAGCCAAUAUGUCAUAAAAUUAGAUGUGGAUGCAUCAGAGGAGAGACAAAACCAGGGCCGUGAUCCACUCGCCAAAACAGCUAUCAGGGCAGGUCCUGAAUGCCAGAGUAUAACCAUAAAGGGAAGGCGAUCCCAAACGAAAAUCAGAGAUACUCUGUCUUACCUGGCAUCAGCCUCCCUACAAGCCAUCUCACGAGCUAGCAAGCUUCCAAAACUACAGCAGCUGAUUGGAGACGCAGAAGAGGCAGGUAAAUUCACCUUAGUGCCGGGAGAAUGCGACGGCACCAGUUCCCUGGGGAUUCCUCCUCGACAGGGAAAGGUAGGAAGGGCUCAACUCGCAGGUGACAGGAGUACCUACGAGUCGAGGCAGGAGACAUUCGAGUCGCAGGUGACUAGAGAACCUGCAGACAACCGACCAAGACGAGGAUCCAAAUCAUAA